GUAACGUAUCUUCACAGCCGAAAAACUCUUGACAGCACGCCGUGUAGUCCUGCCAUCAUCAGCCUGACAGGGUCAUGUUUUGAUGCAAUUUUGCUGGACGUCAUUCUACUCGUAGCACAUUAUACACCAAGGGUUUCCAUCUUACUUCAGAAUGAGGGUUCAUGUGUGUGGUAAACUGGUAUGUUUAGCUCUUUUCGCGACAUUAUCCAGUGCCGGGAAGCUACCAGUACAGCAUGUAAAACAAGUCAAAAAAGCGAACUCAAGUUCUCCUGCUAAUCAAUGUACCUUCAACACAGUGAAAUAUAACAUAUCUCAGACAUGGUAUCCACUGCUACUGCCAUAUGGAUAUUUUAGCUGCAUCAAAUGCACUUGUACUAUGUUUAAUGGCAGUGCUAAAGUGGUAUGCAAGAARAAACAAUGCAACAAGAAAAACUGUUCAAACGCACAUAUCAUUGCUGGGGACUGCUGUAAAAAAUGUCCAGGACCAUCCAAUGGUCAGCCAGCAAAUGCCAGUCCAUGUACUUAUAUSGGCAAAACGUAUGCUCAUGGAUCGGUUUGGAGAACCGCUGAUCCCAACGAUGUUGAUCUUUGUACGGAAUGCAGUUGUUCGGAUGGUUUUGUAUCAUGUGCAAUACGAAUUUGCCCUAAAAUAAACUGCAGUCGAACAAUAAGUAUUCCAGGAAGCUGCUGCAAGCAAUGUAUAUCAAACAGAACAAAGAUGAUUAACAAAUCAAGAUGUGAUUCUCUUGGUCGUUAUUACCAGGAAGGUGAACAAUGGUAUCCUCUUUUGUCAUCGUAUAAACAUAAAUGCAUYAUUUGCACUUGUAAGAACUCAAAGACUCACUGCAGCAAAGUAUCAUGCAGUAACUCUAAUUGCAACAAGAAAUGCUGUAAAAAAUGCAAAGUUCCAGUUCCCACGACAGUACUACCAACGACCAAGAAACGUAAAGUGCCCAAACAACACGCGAGAUUUCCUCACUGCUACACAGGAAGACUUCACAAACAUAACACAAGCUGGACACCWAUUGUUGACCUGGCUUUUGCCUGCGUGACCUGCAAAUGUCUGUAUUCACGCGUCAGUUGUUCGCGGAUUAUAUGUCCUCAAAAGUAUCCUUGCCGCAACCCUAUUCAAACGGUUGGCCAAUGUUGUAAGCAAUGUAAAGGUCAGUCCCCGACUAAAGUGAAACUGAUUCGAUUAGGAUGGAAAAACAAGCGUCCAUGUGGCUCAGGGAAUGCGUGGAGAGUUUACGAAUACAGCCCAGGGAAUCAAACACGAGGAAAAACAUCAUUCAGUAAUCAAAUACACGGCCACUUCAUCUUAGAAUCGACAAUCAAAGACAAAGUUGAAGURCACACGUUUCGUGCCAACAGGACUUACAAGCAUGUCCGUGUACAAGAAAUGUACAAAGCUGAUUUGCAACGAUGGAAGAACAUGUCUUCCCCAACAAUGAAAUUACGUGAAAUUGGGAUCAUAAAAGAUGCAAGAAGAAAAAAAAUGGAAAUAAGGAAGCAAAAGAAAUGCACGAAUAACUGCAUUCAAGUGGUAAAAAACUUGAUCCAAAUGGUCCGUUUACGCAGCCGAUGGUGUCGGUCACCUAAACCUUUUGGUCUCGAGAUGCUUGACCGUCCAGGAAGCUCCUGGAAACUUCUACAAAGCCUGAGCUAAAACUCUGAGGAAUUACCAUAGUUUAUCGUUAGUGGAAUAAAGUAAUAUUGGCGAACACAAAUACAGGCCUUGAGAAUCGCGUUUGGAUUUGAUUAGUGUUCGCUAAGAGACCAAAUAAGUGCUUUAUUUCAUUAAUAAACMCUUUAUAGUUACACAUCCUCGGACCAAUCCAAGCAAACCAAAGAACAAAUCUAGAUAACAAAUAUACAAAAAGUAGCUCGAGGAUCAUGAAAGAUUCGCACAAGCUGUUUGAAUGGAAGUUCUUUUCACCGAGAAUCAUAGUAGAUGUACCGAUGUAAAUUGCGUUGUACUUAGACAAAAUAAAGUAUUUAUUGUUGA